AGAAAGACUAUAUAGAUUGGAGAUGUCAUGGGUUUGAUAGUAACGGCUCAAAUCUAGUGGAUGACUUCACCUAAUGCAAACAAACCUCUCUAUAAAAAGUUUUCAAACUUGUUUUAUCAAAAAAAGUUUCCAAAUUCGUAACCUUUUCAUACGUUUACCAGUCAAACUCGGUUGCGGAAAUUUCCCUCGGCCAAAAACUCAACCAACCAAAACUUUCUAGAAUGACUCUUUUACCCUUACUCAUUCUUUUCUUCUUCCUCGCCUCAAUACCCGUAUCUGUCUUUUGCCAAAUCAACGACCGGUCAACGCUACUAAACCUGAAACGCGUUCUCCGCGACCCACCGUCUCUCCGGCUAUGGAACGACACAUCUUCACCGUGCAACUGGCCGGAGAUCACUUGCACCGCUGGAAACGUUACCGAGAUUAAUUUCCAGAACCAGAACUUUACCGGGACAGUUCCGACGACGAUUUGCGAUUUCCCGAAUCUCAAAUCCCUAAAUUUGUCGUUUAAUUUUUUCUCCGGUGAGUUUCCAACGAUUCUUUACAACUGCACAAAGCUUACAUAUCUCGAUCUCUCUCAGAACUACUUCAACGGCUCGCUCCCCGACGACAUCAACCGUCUCUCACCGGAACUUAAGUAUCUCGACCUCGCGGCUAACUCCUUCGCCGGAGAUAUCCCAAAAAACAUCGGACGACUUUCGAAGCUCAAGGUAUUGAAUCUGUACCAGAGCGAAUACGACGGCACGUUCCCGCCGGAGAUCGGAGACUUGUUCGAGCUCGAAGAACUUCAAUUAGCGUUAAACGAUAAAUUUACUCCGGCGAAGCUUCCGACGGAGUUUGGGAAACUGAAGAAACUCAAGUACAUGUGGUUAUCGGAGAUGAACCUGAUCGGAGAAAUCUCAGCCGUUGAUUUCGAAAACAUGACGGAUCUUAUUCACGUUGACUUAUCGGUCAAUAAUUUAACGGGUCGGAUCCCAGAUGGUUUAUUCGGGUUGAAGAAUCUCACUAAUCUUUAUCUCUACGCUAAUGAUCUAACCGGAGAGAUCCCCAAAUCUAUCUCGGCGGUUAACAUGGUAAUGCUUGAUCUCUCUGUUAAUAAUUUAACCGGUUCGAUUCCGGUAUCAAUCGGAAAUCUAAAGAAAUUAGAGCUUUUGAGCUUGUACAACAACGAGUUAACCGGGGAAAUUCCACCGGUUAUCGGAAAAUUACCGGAAUUAAAGGACUUGCUGAUCUUUAGCAACAAAUUAACCGGAGAAAUACCGGCGGAGAUUGGGUUAAAUCAGAAGCUGGAGCGGUUUAGAGUUUCAGAGAAUCAGUUAACCGGGAAGUUACCGGAGAAUUUGUGUAACGGAGGUAAGCUUCAAGAUGUGAUUGUGUUCUCGAACAAUCUCACCGGAGAAAUCCCGGAGUCUCUCGGAGGUUGUGAGACACUCUUGAAGGUUCAGUUACAGAACAAUGGCUUCUCCGGCUCAAUAGACAUUUCCACCGACAAAAUCAAAGGUCAAGUUCCUGACCGGUUAUGGUUGCUACUAAAUUUGGAGUACGUGAAUCUUUCCAACAACACUUUCACUGGAAAGAUUCCAUAUUUUAUAUGUGAGUGGCGCUCUCUAAUCGUUCUCGAUUUAUCUACCAACAAAUUCAAUGGUUCAAUCCCUCGUUGCAUGGGAAAUUUAAGUACUCUAAAAGUUUUAAAUCUUAGAAAAAAUCAUCUUAGUGGAAGUGUUCCAGAGAAUAUAUCUACAAGUGUAACAUCGCUUGACAUUGGUCAUAACCAACUCGUGGGAAAGCUUCCAAGAUCUUUGGUCCGCAUAUCUUCUCUUGAAGUUCUCAAUGUGGAGGGCAACAAAAUCAGUGACACAUUUCCUUUUUGGUUAGGUUCUCUACGAGAGCUACAAAUUCUUGUCCUUCGCUCCAAUGCAUUUCAUGGAUCGAUACAUCAAACCGGAUAUUCUAAGUUGCGAAUCAUCGACCUAUCCCGUAAUCACUUCAAUGCAACUUUGCCACUAAAUUUUUUUGUCAAUUGGACUGCAAUGUUCUCACUUGGAAAUACUGGAGAUCAGUACAUGGGCACAAACUAUUACAGUGAUUCAAUAGUUGUGAUGAAUAAAGGCAUAGAAAUGGAGAUGGUACGUAUCCUAACAAUCUUUACUGCAAUUGACUUUUCUGGCAACAAAUUUGAAGGAGAGAUUCCAAGGUCCAUUGGUCUACUAAAAGAGCUUCAUGUGCUAAACUUGUCAAACAAUGGUUUCACUGGCCACAUCCCAUCAUCAAUGGGAAACCUGAGAGAGCUGGAAUCACUAGAUGUUUCUCAAAAUAAGCUUUCAGGAGAAAUUCCACAAGAGCUAGGGAACCUUUCAUACCUUGCGUACAUGAACUUCUCUCAUAACCAAUUUGCAGGUCUAGUACCAGGGGGCACUCAGUUUCAAACACAACCUUGCUCAUCUUUCGCGAACAACCCGGGACUCGUUGGCCUUUCACUUAAAAUAGUUUGUGUAGAAAUCCACGAGAAAACAUCGCAACAAUACGAAAUGCCAGAGCUUGGAGAAGAUGAAGAAGAUGUGAUAAAUUGGACAGCAGCCGCAGUUGGACUCAUACCUGGUAUUGCCUUUGGAUUGACGAUGGGAUAUAUUACUGGUUUCCUAUAAACCAGAGCUGCUCAUGAACCCUGGCCGAAACAAGCACAUAAGCACAGAGCACCACAACUCAUUAGAGUCAGAGCUAUAAGGGCAUCUUUAUCGAGGGAACACUUUUUGGUGUUCUUAGAGUAAAAAUAUUAUGAAAAUAAUGUAAGAUCAUUAGUUUAGAUCUUUUGUUAAG